CCAGCCGGCGCCAUUUUGAAAGUGGAGUCGCCUGCCGCUGCCGCUGCCGCCGCCGUCGCUGUCGUAGCUGCCGCCGCCACUGCUGGAGAAGGAGAGAGAGCGGGGAAGCCCCAGAGUGAAAUCCACCAUCCUCCUGACUGGUCUGCCCGCCCCUCCUUCCUUCUCCCCCGACCCCCGCCCUCUCCCCCCACAGGUGCCAUCCGCCGCCAUCCGCCCUCUCUACCCCCCCAUCCCCAGGUGAGGGGGGUGAGUUCAGGAAGCGGCGACCCCGAGGAACCCAGCAGGGUCACCAUUUGCAGCUCAACAUGGCAGGAGCUGGAGGAGGGAAUGAUAUUCAGUGGUGUUUUUCUCAGGUGAAGGGAGCAAUAGAUGAUGAUGUAGCAGAAGCAGAUAUAAUUUCAACAGUAGAAUUCAAUCAUUCUGGAGAAUUACUAGCAACAGGAGAUAAAGGUGGUAGAGUCGUCAUCUUUCAGCAGGAGCAGGAGAACAAAAUCCAGUCUCAUAGCAGAGGAGAAUAUAAUGUUUACAGCACCUUUCAGAGCCAUGAACCAGAGUUUGACUACUUGAAAAGUUUAGAAAUAGAAGAAAAGAUCAACAAAAUUAGGUGGUUACCCCAGAAAAAUGCUGCUCAGUUUUUAUUGUCUACCAAUGAUAAAACAAUAAAAUUAUGGAAAAUCAGCGAAAGGGACAAAAGACCAGAAGGGUAUAACUUGAAAGAGGAGGAUGGAAGGUAUAGAGAUCCUACUACAGUCACUACACUACGAGUGCCAGUCUUUAGGCCCAUGGAUCUCAUGGUGGAGGCCAGUCCACGAAGAAUAUUUGCCAAUGCUCAUACAUAUCACAUCAACUCAAUUUCUAUUAAUAGUGAUUAUGAAACAUAUUUAUCUGCAGAUGAUUUACGGAUUAAUCUUUGGCAUCUGGAGAUUACAGACAGGAGUUUUAAUAUUGUGGAUAUCAAGCCUGCCAAUAUGGAAGAGCUGACAGAGGUGAUCACAGCGGCGGAGUUCCAUCCCAACAGCUGCAACACGUUUGUAUACAGCAGCAGUAAAGGGACGAUUCGGUUAUGUGACAUGAGGGCCUCUGCCCUCUGUGAUAGGCAUUCUAAACUGUUUGAAGAACCUGAAGAUCCCAGUAACAGGUCUUUUUUUUCUGAAAUCAUCUCCUCUAUUUCUGAUGUAAAAUUCAGCCAUAGCGGUCGAUAUAUGAUGACUAGAGACUAUUUGUCAGUCAAAAUUUGGGACUUAAAUAUGGAAAACAGGCCUGUGGAAACAUACCAGGUUCAUGAAUACCUCAGAAGUAAACUUUGUUCACUGUAUGAAAAUGACUGCAUAUUUGACAAAUUUGAAUGUUGUUGGAACGGAUCUGACAGCGUUGUCAUGACUGGAUCGUACAAUAAUUUCUUCAGAAUGUUUGACAGAAACACAAAGCGAGACAUAACCCUAGAAGCGUCCCGGGAAAACAAUAAACCUCGCACGGUUCUAAAGCCGCGCAAAGUCUGUGCAAGUGGCAAGCGAAAGAAAGAUGAAAUAAGUGUUGACAGCCUCGACUUCAACAAGAAAAUCCUUCAUACAGCCUGGCACCCCAAGGAGAAUAUCAUUGCUGUAGCUACUACAAACAAUCUGUAUAUAUUUCAAGACAAAGUGAAUUAGGGUUGGCAUUCCCAGCAGAAGAGCCCACUUCCUGCUUAGUUGAGAUAGUUGAAUCUAGCAUUCGUACCUAAAAAAGAGAGCGGUCCAUUGUGGCGCCCCUUUCCAGUGUUUGACAGUGUGCCAUUCGACAACACAUUUUGUGUAGCUACAUGGAGAAGCUCUGGAUUCACCCCUGUGGGGCUCUCCAUGUCUGCUAGCCAUGUAGGUAAGGGUAGGGCACUUUUAAUUUAAAUGACUUCUUGCACCAUCUUGCCUAAUGGACUAGAUUGGACUGUAUCAACAUUGAUUUACUCCACUUUUUAUGCCUUCCAUUGUGAUGACGUCAAACACAGUGAAAGCCUUCAGUCAUGCUUAUGGGAUUUAAUUGUGUAUCCUCAUUACUGUAUCAUUUGUGGGGUACACCCCUCCCCCCUUUUUUAAAUUAAACACAGCUCAUUCUUACUGUGGCUUGUAGCAUUCCUCCUCCUCUGGCCUCCUGGACUCUUCCCCUUCGUCUCUCUCACCCCCGCCCCUCCACCCAGUCUUGGUGGUGGUAUAUUAAAAAAAGAAAGAACGAAAGCACACAAGAUGAGUCAGUCUGGGGUCAGUGGUAAAGGGGGUAUAUGUUGCGAACAAAUGUUUUAAAUAACAGUUGGCUGUAAUCACUCCUUGCCGUGUCUGGCACCGAAAAUAAGGAAAAAAAAAAAACUACUACUGAAUAAAAGUGACAAAGAAUGGA